CUCUUUUCUCUCGCUUUCUCGGAGAUGUGUUUGGUUCCUGAGAAAAUUCCUCGAUUCGAUCAUACAUGAUCGAUAUGAGUUUCCUCAAAGGCAUAAUUGACUCCUUAGGCUCGAUCUUCACCGUCGACGACUCAGCGUAUGCAUCUGAGCAAAAACCUAGCUCAUCCGCUUCGCGGAGCAUGGAAGGUAUAGCUGGAAACGAACGCACCGCCUAUAAGCUCAAGGGAUACUUCGAUUUGGCAAAAGAAGAGAUCGCGAAGGCCAUUCGAGCGGAAGAGUGGGGACUGGUUGACGAUGCUAUUGUUCACUACAAAAAUGCUCAUCGGAUACUGAUCGAAGCCAGUUCUACUAGUGUACCUUCAUACAUAAGCUCUAGAGAACAGGAAAAGGUUAAAUCAUAUAGGCAGAAGAUAUUGAAAUGGCAAGGCCAAAUUUCUGAGAGAUUACAGGUUUUAAGCCGGAGAGCAGGUGGCACCAGCACUAGCACUAGCACCAGCACCAGCACUAGCACUAGCACUAGCACCAGCACCAGCACUAGCACUAGCACUAGCACCAGCACCAGCACUAGCAGUGGAAUCAGCACAUCCAUGAAUAAGCAGAACACCUUAACACGUGCACCAACUGCUGCAGUUUCACGGCCAACAGCAUCAAAUUCUAGGAGAGAUUUGCCGCAGAAGCCUGCUCAUGUUCCAUUAACAAGGAAUCAGACAAAUAAAGUUGUAAGCUCAAAACCCAGACAUGAGAAUGCCAAUGGCUAUGAAUCAAAAUUGGUUGAAAUGAUAAAUACAGCAAUAGUGGAUAGAAGCCCUUCUGUUAAAUGGGAGGAUGUUGCUGGCCUUGAGAAGGCAAAGCAAACCUUAAUGGAAAUGGUUAUUCUGCCAACUAAAAGAAGAGAUUUGUUCACUGGUCUUAGGAGGCCACCUAGAGGGCUGCUUCUCUUUGGGCCACCUGGUAAUGGCAAGACCAUGCUUGCCAAAGCAGUUGCCUCAGAAUCAGAGGCAACAUUCUUCAAUGUUUCUGCAUCUUCCCUGACAUCAAAAUGGGUGGGAGAAGGUGAAAAGCUUGUCCGGACUCUCUUCAUGGUUGCUAUAUCCAGACAGCCGUCUGUAAUUUUCAUGGAUGAAAUUGAUAGUAUCAUGUCAACAAGGUUGGCAAAUGAGAAUGAUGCUAGCAGACGAUUGAAGUCAGAGUUUCUGAUACAGUUUGAUGGGGUGACCUCUAAUCCUGAUGAUCUAGUAAUUGUCAUUGGUGCCACUAAUAAGCCCCAGGAGUUGGAUGAUGCUGUUCUUAGACGAUUGGUGAAGAGAAUUUACGUACCUCUUCCAGAUGAGAAUGUUAGGAGGCUUCUUCUAAAGCACAAACUCAAAGGCCAAGCAUUCUCCUUGCCUGGUAAAGACCUAGACAGGCUUGCAAAAGAGACUGAAGGAUAUUCUGGGAGUGAUCUACAAGCCUUGUGUGAAGAAGCAGCCAUGAUGCCAAUUAGAGAGCUUGGAGAAAGUGUUCUCAAUGUCAAGGCAAAUCAGGUUCGACGAGUAAGAUAUGAAGACUUUCAGAAGGCAAUGACCAUCAUUCGUCCCAGCUUAAACAAAAGCAAGUAUGAAGAGCUUGAACAAUGGAAUCAGGAGUUCGGCUCUAACUGAAUGUCUAUUCAUGCUCUAACCCAUGAUUUAACACAACUAAUUGCAUUGCUUUACAAGAGGAGUGGUAACAACAAAGCAAAGGCAGGUCCUAGCUCGACAACAUUUGUAUUUAUAUCAUACCCCGGUUGAAUUGUUGUUCUCAUAAUCUCCAGUGUGUGUAUAUAGUCUUCUACACUAUGUAAUUCUUUGACGUGUAAAUAAUAUUGCAGUGUCUUUUCCUGCUGCAGAACUGUAACAAGAAAAUAUUUUCCAAUUU